AUGUCUAUCGCUCGCCAACUCUUCCAUGAAUUUCGUCCUCUCUUCCGCAUGUUGGAAGAACCUCUGACUCGUCCACAAUUUUAUGGCAUCCCUUCUCGUGCCAGUGAUCCGUUCAAUAACUUCAAUAACUUCAAUGCCUUCCUAACCCGUCCCGCCAUUGACGUCAAGGAGGAAGGCGACAAGUAUAUUCUUGAUGCCGACCUCCCAGGCGUGAGGAAGGAAAACGUGGAGGUGCGCAUCGGUGACAACGGAAGGAGUGUCACUAUCGAAGGAAAGAUUGUCGAAAGGGGAAGGCCCGAGGCAAUCCAGACUCCUUCAAGUGCAAGUUCUUCCGAGACUUCUGACUCUCAAUCCAUCACUCAGGUGGACGAGACAGCUACCAACAUCACGACGGAACGACCUUCCAGCUACACCAGAAACGCUGUGUUUUCGCGUACUAUAUGGCUGCCCCGUCCUGUCGACACACAGAACGUCUCCGCCAAGUUGGAUCACGGUGUUCUGACCGUGACCGUCAAGAAAUCUCAGGACAAAGAAAGCACAGUGAUCCCUGUCGAGUGA